AUGGAAGGUGUUAAUGACAAAGUUCUGAAGGAUUUUGUCAGUAUUUUAGAUGAUCUUACCUUCAAUUCUAGACCUAUCAUCACUAAUUUAACGAAGAUUGCAGAAGAAAAUAUCUCCUACGCACAACGGUUUGUGGACGCUGUGGAAUCAAGGAUAGCCAAAUGUGUACCUAAUCAGAAGCUUUACUCAUUCUAUGCGUUAGACUCAAUAUGCAAAAAUGCUGGUUCUCCUUAUACAAUAUAUUUCGGUAGGAAUUUGGCCCAACUUUAUAGACAAACCUACUUGAUUGUUGAUAAUGUAACAAGGACUAAGCUUAUAUCAAUGUUUAAGACAUGGAUGGUGCCGUUACCCACAGGGGAACUUCUUUUUGAUAGGGAUUGUUUAGAAAGAAUCGAGCAGUUUUUAAUCAAAGCUAGUUCUCUUCAUCAAAAACAAGCACAAUCGACAGUACCGCCACCAACUGUACCGCUGCUAUUGAGGGAAAUCGAUAAAUUGACGGUUCUUACACAGGAAAGGCUCAACAAGUCUCCAAAUGAUGCUAAGUUGCAGACAAAAGUAAUUGUGCUGCAGCAGCUGAAGCAGGAGUUACAGCGGGAAAAGCUUCCUGUUCAAGCUUUACAGCAGGUUCAGCAGCAGCUGAAGCAGAUAUUUGCUCAAGAACAGCAAAUACUGUGGCAGCAACAGCAGCAACAACAGCAGCAACAACAACAGCAACAGUUGCAGCUACAGCAUCAGCAGCAAGAACAGCAGCAUCAGCAGCACCUUCAUCUUCCAGUACAAGAUCAGUCAGCACAGCUACAACCGCCUCCGAUGCAACUUCAGCUUAAUGACAAAUCUGGUCCACCUCCAUUAUCGCAGCCAUACGAAGGUUCAUCAUUGUUUGGUAAUGCUACUUUAUCCAUGACGUUUCUGGAUACAGUUUCCUCCAGUAACGGCAACGCAACAACGCAGACCACCAAGAAGGUCUCUAAAGUUGAAUCACUAUAUCGCUCUUUAAAGCAAAAGGAGUUGCUCUAUGAGCCUCCAGAGCAGUCAAUUGUUACUUUGGUAUCAAAAUUAGAAAAGGCCAUAAAUCCUCAGGAUGCUACCAGGCUACCUCCAUUUGCUUUAUUGCAGGACAUCAUCGGUGAUGUGAGGUCAUAUUAUGCUACCAGGAAUUUAGAUCUGCUUAACACUCCAAACUUACAGCUUUCUCAGCAAAUGAUAAUGCAGAAACAUACUGCACUGACUGAGCAGCUGAUCCAAUUAUUGUAUCGGGCAAAACCCAUUAAAUGUACGACAUGUGGUGUUCGAUUUGGUAAUACUCCUGACGAGCACCAAUUAGAAAUUGAGCAUUACGAUUGGCACUUCCGUGUAAAUAAAAGAAUUAAGGGUACUCAAGCGUCUAACAAUAUUGUAACGAAAAAUAUUCAGUCUCGUACAUGGUAUUUGAAUGAUGAACAGUGGGUACAUUUCAAAGACGAAGAGGUUGUAUCUACUAAUGUUGAUACACUCAAGGGUAACAAUAUAUCGGUAGCAUUGAACCAAUCUACUGUUAAUGCAGAAUCAGACAAUAAAGCAAAGAAUGAGUUACAAAUACAAAGGAAGUAUGUUGUCGUUCCAGAUGGUGCUCCAGAUAUGUCAUUUCAGUGCUCUAUUUGCACUGAAGUUACUUCUGCGGUGUAUGAUGAAGAUUUGUCGGAGUGGAUAUGGAAGAACUGUGUUGAGUCCAAUGGGAAAUAUUUCCAUGCCACUUGUUUCCACGAAGCUUCUAGUGCUACAGAUUCGAAGGCCUCUGGUACUACUGGCAUUGAUUCGGAUUUAGAAAGAUUAAAGGGAAUGAUAAAUGAUGGAGCCACAUAA